UCAAAGGUUUUCUUGCACUAAUGCUUAUAAUUUACCCCAAGUUCUGCACUAAUACUUGUGCAUUUCACAAACGUCAGAGAAGUCUAUUGAAGUUCAUCCUGGAUAAACAUUUCAUUCUCUUCAUCAACUUUCUCUUUCGUUAAUUAUUCAGCUGCAAAACCUUUCCUUGUCGUAUUUGACGUUCUGGGCGCUAGAUAAGAACCUAUUUUAUCAAACUGUGCAGUACAAAUAGCACGAAAUAUGUAUGCAUAGCAGUGCUAAUCAAAAAAGAGAGUGUCGAUGAAAAUAAUCGAUCAAAGCAGAUAGGACCUUUUGAAAUGUUCAUCGAGCGUUGCUUUAUUAAAGCUAAACAUUAGAUAAGGUCCUAAAAACAUUGACAGAUUAUGACUUGAUUAUAAAUAUACUUUUCCAGUGGCAAAUAAUUCAGUAAUGUUAUUUGUUACUAAUUUUUGCUCUUCUUUUCAAUUUUUAGGCACUCAUCAUGUUUCGGCUCAGACGAUUACUGCCGAUCACGAUUCUCAUAGAAAUAUUGUUGAUGUAGAUCCAUCAUUUUCCACAUUCCUUCACCAAAUGCAGCUAACUCCAAAUGUGUUGAGCAUCAUUGCAAACUCGCAAACUUCCACAUCAGAACAAGAUUCCGAUGCCGUGCAGCUAACAACAGAAAUGCAAGACGAGCUUGAAGAUGAAAUCGAUGAGAAUUCAGCAGAACUACUGCCGACAUUUUCCAAGAUUGAGCCAACUGACCAUUCGAACGAUGAAAACCAAUCUCCCAAUACUACCAUGAAACGAAUCCACGAAGAUCGCACUGGGUUGCAAAUUGCCAAAAAACAAGCAUCCAACGACAUGAAGUUUCGAUCAUUCGAAAUCAAAUGGAAAAAAUUAAGUGACAACACACUAUCACGACUGGAAGGUCUCCAGGAGUUCAAACUGAAAAACGCUUCUGAUCAGAUCCCGAGAGAGCUGCGACUAAAGAAAUUGGAAAUGAGUGGACUAAUCAAUUGCAUCGUUGAUCAACUAAGGACGAUCGACACAUUCAUUCGCGCCGAUACUAUGGAAACAGUUGCUAAGAAUAUUUUGCAGAAGUUUCCAUGUUUGGAAAUAUAUGAUGAUGACGGAUUCACAGAUGGGUUGAGUUAUGUUGUAAUAAAACACAAGUUGAUAAACAGAAACUCCUACCUUAAUCGAUUCAAAGACGCAAGCGUACUACCUGCAACACCCAACAAAAAAACUAGAAACAUCAGAGCAGGAACGUCAAAGGAGUAUUGGUCAAAAACAUCUAUCGAAUGUACCAAGGAGAUUCUAUCCAAAUUGCGACGUGAUGAACCAAGUCUGCUAACAACUGAGUUGCUGGAAUCAUCCCAAGCAUUCGUAAGACAUCGUCUCGAUGGAAAUCAAGACCUUAAGCCAAUGCUGCUAGAAAUGCCUGUCCUGCGCAGGAGGAAGUUGCUGUUUUAUCAUUUCAAGAAAGCUACCGGAGUAGAUAUCGAUACGCUCCAGAAGUACUUCUCUUUGAAGCGGAAUAAAGUAGUAGAGUAUUCGGCAGUGCUUCAAAAACCCGUGAAGCUAUCUGACACAUGCUCGGACGUAGAUAUAUUCAAAUUUUUGGCAUCGAUGGUUGGCGAAAAUUUGGAUGAUCUUGUUUUGAAGAAAGAGGUCGGAACUCGAAUCGACGACAUUAACGAGAAGUCAGCUGGUCCUGUUAUAAUCGCUAUUGAUAUGGGAAAUACGAAUCAUAUGUACUACAUUUACGCUGAGCACACACGGGUAUCGGAAGGAACAAAUAAUUUCAUUUGUGCUGUUCAGGAUUUGAUGUGUGUCCACUACGUCCACAACUUUAUGUACCUAAAAGAGGCAUCAAAGUUCCUCGAAUUGAUCCAGCAGUACUUCUUAAAGAUCAUUCCUUGUAAGGGAUCAAAAUCUACCGCGACUAAAGUUGGCCAAAUCCAACGCGUAGUUAAAAAAGUUAUUGUUGAGCUUUCUUCAUAUGAAGUGGUUCCUGGUUCCUCUAACUGCGUUCCUCCUACGAAGAAAGUUUAAUGUGACAUCGCUCCGACAAAAAUUGCAAAUGUCAGAGUGAAAAUGGACAUCAAUGUAUUUUUUUAAGUUUCGAAAUCAAUAAAAA